AUGGGGAAGAAGCGCAAGAGACCCAGCAAAUCUGGGCUGGCGAGCUCCCAGAGUUCCACAGCCCCUCGUUUCAAGUCUACUCCAAGCAGCCAGGGCCAGCAGGCCACCCACCCGGUGAUAUCGCUGUACUACCGCCAGCUCCUCUCCCUUCGUCAGUACCUGCUGGCUCAAUUGCCUAUCUCUUCCAAGUCGCGACGCAGGCGACUCGCAUCUUUGUCGGCCUCCUCGAACGCGGCUCAUGGACCCGCCCUCGCGGCCCUUCUAGAUUCCACCUUGGUCGGUGUGCUAAAGGACCCAUCGCCAAGUGUUGACUCCGACCGUCAACGCGAUUAUCGGGCCUUCACACAGUCACAGUCACUGUCGACUCUUAUCAGUACGGACACGGGCCCUAAUUCACCCCAAUCAGAGGUGGUGGAUUUUGUGAUCGACCAACUUUUCAAACAUCAUGGAUCAUUUCAAAAGUUCCAGCAUCUGCUCACUCACGGAUUUCAACGCUCGUCAGUGGGAGUUGAUGCCCCCGCGAGCAGUAUUCCGGGAAUAGUGGUGCGAUUCCCGAAUCAAAAUGUCCGGAUCCUGAAAGAAGCCCCGUGGACGGAGAUCCUCGGAUACCUCGGCCAGAACGGCGAUGAAAUCAUGCUGCGGCUCUUGUUUGAUUGUGGAAUCUUUGCCCCAAUAGACGCUAAGAAGGGGGUGUACUACCAAUUGAGCGGCUUGGCAUUAUCGUCGUUGGAGCAGAUUAAUCAACCACCGGCAUUGGUCAGGCAGCCACAAGCUAAGGGCUCAAAUGAAGGGAGCAAACGCAUCACUGAUGGAGCGUCUCGCAGUCCAAACGAGAUUGUCUUUCUUCGCCGGAACAUGCUUUAUUGCAAGUUUGCCUCGGCACUGAAGAAAAGAAUUGCCCUGGGUCUUGGAAAAGCUCAUGUUCUGAAUCGCUUUGCCUCUUUGGAUUCGAGGGCCCAGACGAUACAUGUGAUGAUGUACAUGUUUCCUCGCCAAUUUGGUCUUCGAAACGCUUUUUCCUCUACAGAGGACCACAAUGCACGAACAGACUAUUUCAAGAGUCAAGCCUUUCGUGAGGAUGAUAUCUUCCGGGAAGGCCGCUCUUUGAAGGUUCCUAAAAGGCUGAGAGGGACAGCAAUGGAGCUUGUUCAUUCAUUGCGGAUCAGACAUUCUCGGUGUUCGUAUGCGGAGAUUCUUCGAUAUUACUGUCCCACUAGUUCGAAUGGGCCCUGGAGAAUGGCCGAUGUGGACGAGCCAGCUGUCACCGAGGAGAACCAAACAGUCACUUCAUCUACUGAGAACCUGGUCACACAGCUUCCACACAAAUUAUCACACCUGGAGACGAACCCCCAGAUUCCUGAAUCACAGGAUGCCGCCCCAGUCAAAACUGAACCACCAACAGUCAGUCUAACUGACUACGCUACUCCGGCCAGCGCGGUUUCAGCAUUUUGCCGCUCGGUUCUCCUUAAAAUCAUCCCCCUGGGGUUCUUUGGCUACGGACCGGAGGGCAAAUCAAAUCGUAGGAUUAUUAUGAAGCAUGUUGACUGCUUCAUCAGACUGAGACGAUUUGAAAGUUUGAGUUUACAUGAAGUCUGCAAAGGCCUCAAGAUAACCGCGAUGCCUUGGCUUGAUUUGCAUGAUGUUCAAAGAAAUGAAGGAAGCGUCAAAGCGAAACUCUCUCUCUCGGAUUUCCAAAAACGCACAGAGCUGGUUCAUGAAUUCGUCCACUACAUCUUUGAAUCAAUCCUCGUCCCGCUCGUGCGCCAUAAUUUCUAUGUGACCGAAUCGCAGACCCAUCGCAACCAACUAUUCUACUUUCGUCAUGAUGUAUGGCAGCGUGUGACGGAAACCCCCUUUCAAAAUCUGAAGGCAAACAUGCUCGAGGAACUCGACCCAGAAAGUGUCAAGCGCAUGCUACCUCAUCGAAGACUGGGGUACGGGUCCCUACGGUUACUUCCCAAGUCUUCGGGCCUACGACCGAUUCUCAAUCUUCGACAAAGACCUCUCAAAGAAAGCGUGUAUGGAGGCAAAAAGCGAUCUUACCUAGGCGCGAGCGUUAACUCCAGCCUUACGCCAGUAUACAAUAUGUUGACAUACGAGCGAAAGCGAGUACCUGCCUCGGUCGGGUCCUCUUUACAUCAUGUGGGAGAGAUACAUCACCGAGUAAAGCAGUUCAAACGAGGGCUGAUGCAGCGAUCGUCAACCCCUGGUCAAAGGGUUUCGCGGCUCCCACAACUCUUCUUUGUCAAACUCGACAUUCAAGCUUGUUUUGACAACAUUCCUCAAGAGCAAUUGAUUCAGCUCGUCGAAGGUUUAGUUUCAGAAAAAGCCUAUCACAUUACCAAACAUGCUGAAAUCAGCCUGCCGUCAAGGGAUCCUCACGCCAGGCCAUCACGAAGGUUCUUGGGACGGGCUGCACCUCUUUCAGGGCAGUUACAAUUGCCCGACCUUGUGGCCAGUGGAGAGCAUGUGCACAAAGGCAACACGGUCUUCAUCGAUACAAUUAACCAGAAGCAACAUACGACCGAAGAACUUCUCAACCUCUUCUAUGAACAUGUGCUUCACAAUACGGUUAAAAUGGGCAAAAAGUAUUUCCGUCAACGGAGUGGCAUCGCACAAGGUUCUGUGCUGUCCAGUCUUUUGUGCAACUUCUUUUACGCCAAGGUUGAAAGAGAUGUCUUAGGCUUCUUGAGACCAGAUGACUCGCUUCUCAUGCGAUUGGUGGACGAUUUUCUGCUUAUUACGACUGAUUGCGAGCAAGCCAAAAAAUUCUUGGAGACCAUGAUUCGGGGACAGCCAGCCUACAAUGUUGCGGUCAACCCAGCGAAAAGCAUGACCAACUUCUCGGCAGCAAUUGAUGGAAUCCAUCUGCCACGACUCGAAGGGACCUCGCUGCUACCCUACUGUGGCAUCAUGAUCGAUACUCACACGCUCGAGAUCAACCGAGAUACGGACCGCAUCAUCGGCGACGAAGCCGCAGCCGCCAUCUCGAAUACUCUUACCGUUGAGGCCAACCGACUGCCUGGCGCAACGUUUCGCCGCAAAGUCCUGGCCCCUUUCAAACUCCGCAUAUACCCCAUGUACCUUGACGACGUGCACAAUUCUCGCAGCGUUGUCCUCGGCAACCUGUAUACAGCGUUCGUCAAUGCCGCCAUGCGCAUGUACCUCUACGUGAAAUCCCUCCGGAGCCGCGCCCAGCCCACAGGACCAAUUAUUAUCCAAACAAUCAACGAUCUCAUCCACCAGACCUUCGGCGGAAUCAAGGCACGGCGGGAGUCUGCUUCGAGUCCGCUCUCCUGCUUUGUCCAGUUGCGGCAUCUACAAUACCUCGCCGUUGCUGCCUUCCGGUUUGUCUUGCGGCGCAAGCAGACCCGAUUUGCAGCUGUGCUGCGCUGGCUGGACUGUCUCGGUAGGCGGACUAGACCGACGUCUAAUGCAGAUGCUGUAAGGUUGCUGCAGGUAGUCAAGAGGGGGACGGCACUAUUUGACGAAUGGCGUUUCUAA